GUCAGGUCCAGUCGGGGUUACACAGUGCUAAGAGGAGGCGGAAGCCCACGGAACACCGAAGUCUUGAAACAGCUGCCCACCAGCAGAAGCAAAAGGAAGCCGAGCAGGGAAGCAGGUAGCAGACCGCCUGAUUUCCCGAAAGCAAAGCAGAGCUUUUCGAGAGUCUCCGUUCCACCCCUCUUCCGCCAUGGCAGCAGCAGAUGUAGCCCUGUCGCUAGUGAAGCUCCUGGGGGCGCUAAUAGCCUCGCUUUACUACAUAUUGGAGGCCCUGGUAGUGGGCAUAAUACCCCGGGCGUUCCUGCGAAAGAGCGUGGAGGGUGACGUGGCCCUGGUGACCGGCGGCGGGUCGGGCAUCGGGCGCCUCUUGUGUCUCAAACUGGCCGCGCGCGGAGCCAAGGUCAUCACCUGGGACGUCAACGCCGCCGGUGAGUACCCUCGCGCUUCUUUACGCUAGGCCGCUGGUGUUAUCCGACCUGCCUUCUCCAGUACCCUCGCGCUUCUUUAGGC